AGCUUCUGUGCAACCAAUCAUGGGCAACGGCUCGAAGGAAAAAGGAAAGUGCCCCCUACUUUUUUCACCAAAAUUUCGAUGAAUGCAGGAAGCAGCAGCUGCGACCUGACACAACAACUCAAUUUUCCACCCAGACUCAUUGACCAGUGACGCGGCUUUCGGCAUUCCGUCUUCGGCUUACUGAGUGUGUUCCCUUGCAUGUUUCAACCCGCACAGGGCCUUGUUUCUGUCUCACCACGACACCAACGCAGUGAAACCAUCUCCCUCCAUCGGCCGGAAUUCAAACUGGGGGCCGGCCGCUUUUAGCGUCACUUAGGGAAAAAAAAAGGCACGGGAAUUCGGGGCUGGUUGUGUUCCACUCAUUGAAUCACCUGGUCAAGUCGGUUGGGUUACCGAGGGAGGGAGGCAGAGAAAGAAUUUUGAGAAUUCCUGGCGAAGUCGACGAGACAACAAUUAUGCUUUCUGAGGAAUUCGUCUCGGCGAUAUGUGGGGCUCCGCUCUCUUCCAACACAGCCAUCGCAAAAGACGUUGGCAUUUACUGCCACACACUCAGCCCCACAUACUCAGUCAAGUCGACCUUCAAGAAGAGUUCAGUUCCAGUGAACUGCCUUGCCAUCAGCGAGUCCCACGUCUUCACCGCUCAGCAUGAGAAAGCCUACGUCCAUGUCUACUCCAGACUCCGGGGGAACCAAGAGGCGUUUGUGGCCUUCCCGGAGAGGAUACGAUGUCUGACGCUGGUCGGCGAUGUCCUCGUUAUGGGCACCAUGGAGGGCAGGUUGAUGCUCUGGGAGACAUGCACUGGCCGGCUAGUGUCAACUCCGGCGCGCCACGUCCAGGCAGUCUCCUGCGUGGCUGCCACACCCUACCACGUUCUCACGGGGUCCGACGACUCGGAUAUCCACGUGUGGUCGCUGCCCCAGCUGCUUGAGCUGGAUUCUGCCGCCGAGCACGAGCCGCAACGGAGUCUCUCCAACCACAGAGCCGCCAUCGUCGGCCUUUCCGUGAGCUCCAGUGUCAGCAGCGACACAAACUUUUGUGUUUCUGCGAGCAAGGAUAAGUCAUGCAUCAUUUGGAACUACCAGACUGGCGAUGCUUUGCGGACGCUUCUCUUCCCCAGCUUUCCCCUGUGUCUGUCCCUUGACCCGUCUUCUAGGGCCGUCUGUGUCUCCUGCGAGGACGGGUCGCUCUAUUUGACCGAAGCGUUUGCCGAGAAGCCUCUCUUGGGGCCAGGAUCCGAAGAGGCUACCACGGUCGUGCAGGUUUCCUCGCCCUUCGGUGCCACACUGCCGGACGUGGGGCCGGCUUCCUGCCUGAGCCUGAGUUACGACGGCACGAUGCUGCUCACCGGGCACCCCAAGGGCCAAAUAAUGCGAUGGGACAUUGCGGAAAAUAAGUCGCCCGUCGAAUUGGCCAACCUCAACGCCGCCGUCACCAAUAUCGGCUUUGUUUCGCCGUUCCCAAUGGACAAGCCUACCAAGACGGUGAACAUCAUCAAACCGUCACAAGCCGAGCGCGCGUACACUUUCGCCGCUCAAUUCGACUCAUAUUCCGGGUCGGAAACUAGGUUCGAUUCGCUGCUCAACGCUGCGGGCUUUCCGCGGGAGGCUAUGGAGAACGCCAUAGCGGCGUUCAGUCAGCCCGUUGCCGAACCUGCUAGCAACCAAGUCUUGCAGAAGCAAAAUGAAGAGCUGUGGGAUAUCAUAAACGAGCAGAGAGCACUACAAAAACAGACGCUCCAGCGUUUUGCCGAGACCAAGUCCAACCAGUGAGAUGUUGGUCAUGUUUGCAAUCUCGUCAGGCACAGAAUACAGUUCAGGGCGGCUUAUUGUUUGUAUACCCAAUAGAGUUCUAGAUACUGGAAAUGUUGCACAAAUUUUCUAAUCCC